AUGGAACGCAGCAUAAAGCGGACGCACAAAUGCACAAAGCUAGAACGGAUAGGGCGCCGAACCUUUCUUGCGGACAGACGCAAUGCCACUGACUGCUUGCGAACGCGACACAGCGCGCAUAAACGAAAUUGA